GCGAUGACAGCAACGAGCAGACGGCUUGUCCGUCAUGUCAAGUCGAUCGUGAUUUCGUAUGUGGGCGUAUUUCGAUGCGAGGAUACUUGUUAUUAUAGAGUAACGUAGGAAUAUCUUUGGCUAAUCGGGAUGGAGAAACCAAUAAAGCCCAACAUCAUGUUUCACCCGAUUAUUUCAUCGAUACAAAAGAUCGCUCUGUACGAAACAAAGUUUUGCUUCUAUUUGAUGGGCUCGAACAAUACGCAGACGAGAUUUCGCGUUUUGAAAAUCGAUAGAAUGUCCCCAAGGGAGCUCAUAGUUCACGAUGACAAAAGGGAGUACACGAGCGAAGAGAUUAAGGAUCUAGUUAACAAAAUCGAUAUUGGUAACCGCAGUCGGAUGGGACAGCGAAGCAACACUGGUGGAGUUGCCCGCGUUGUAUCGGCGUUUGGAAUAAUUGGCAAUCUUAAUCACGAACCAACAACAACCUGCGAGGCUACUAACGAAGAGCCGCAGAAACAAGAACCGCAAGCAUCACAACAUAAACCAACCCAAACACGAUUCACCUGGAAGACAAUUUGGCAACGAGAUUCUUUUCCAAGGCUAGUACCGGCUUUUGGCCUCCUUGGGUUCGUCCGUUUCUUGGAGGGCUACUAUAUCAUUCUGGUUACAAAAAGGUGUCGCGUCGCUGUAAUUGGUCACCACACUUUAUACAAAACCGAGGACACUGCUAUGAUUUAUAUUCCAAAUGAUACAGUCCGCCUAUUCCAUCCUGACGAACAGAGAUACGUGAAAAUGUUUCAAAACAUCGACCUAAGCAGUAAUUUCUACUUCAGCUACUCCUACGAUCUGACGCAGACCUUACAGUUCAAUAUGGCGCCACCCAGGCACAUCAAAUCAGACAUUCCAACAGCAAAUCCAGAAAACAAAAGUGAAGCUGACGAUGUCGAAGAUUCUGAAGAUUUUUUCAACAUGUGGGCCUUUAGAGAAAAUCCAGAGAGCAGCGAGUAUGAGAACAAUGCAUUCGAUGAAAAAAUCGUCAAUUACGGAGUGCGCAGUAAUCCAAACCGGCGUUUUGUUUGGAAUUCACACCUCCUGCUACCCGUAGAAAAAUAUUUACAUCCCGACUGGAUUUUAUACAUAACACACGGAUUUAUUGGACAGUCAAAUAUCAGCAUUUUUGGCAGGUCAAUGUACGUUACUAUAAUCGCUAGAAGAAGUACCAAAUAUGCAGGGACCAGAUUCCUAAAAAGAGGUGCAAAUUUUGAUGGAGAUGUCGCAAACGAAGUAGAAACUGAACAGAUCGUCCAUGACUCUGGUAUCAGCUCUUUCAGUCACGGGCACUUCAGUUCCUUUGUACAAAUGCGCGGCUCUGUCCCUGGCCACUGGAGACAGGACGUCAGUAAAAUGGUACCCAAACCUACAAUUACUUGCGAUCUGACUGAUCCUUACGUCGAAACUGCAGGUGCACAUUUCAAUCAACUAUUAAAAAGAUACGGAUCACCAAUCAUAAUAUUGAAUCUGGUGAAGAAGAGAGAAAAAAAGAAACACGAAAGCACUUUGAGCGAGGAGCUCAGUAUGGCUGUGAGAUACUUGAAUCAAUUCCUACCACCGGAACAUAUUAUACAAUAUAUCAGUUUCGAUAUGGCUAGAAAGAAUAAGGGCAAGGAAGCAAACGUGAUGGGGCGACUAGCAAAUAUAGCACACAGUGCUGUACUGAAAACAGGAAUCUUCCAAUCACAGAAUCCGUACUACAACCAGAGAAAUUUAUUCUCAACAGCUAAUAGUAACAGGAAACCUCACAGGAAUGACUUCAAUCCGACCCUUUUAGGCACGACAAGAAAUGAUUCGAAAACAACGCUCAACUUAAGUUUACCACGAAUAAGUUCCCCCGGUCAAUUUCCAUCGGAUCGUGACAGUAAUUCGAAGGCGUCAGGACGUCUGGAAAAGUCGGAGACUGAAUCAAUUGAAAAUAAAGUGAGACAAUGCUUUGUGCGGAAAGGAACUCUGCAAACUGGAAUCAUUAGGACGAAUUGUGUGGAUUGCUUGGAUAGAACCAACACAGCUCAGUUUGCAAUUGGAAAAUGUGCUUUGGGCUUUCAAUUGUGCGCUUUGGGAGUGCUAGAAGCUCCAAAGUUGGAAUUUGACUCCGACUGCGUACGGCUACUUGAAGAGCUGUACGAGGAUCACGGUGAUACUUUGGCAUUGCAGUACGGAGGAUCGCAGUUGGUACAUAGGAUAAAAACAUACAGGAAAACUGCACCGUGGACGAGUCAAGGCAACGAUAUCAUGCAAACGUUGAGCAGAUAUUUCAGCAAUACUUUCAGCGAUCAGGAAAAACAACACACUAUUAAUCUCUUCUUAGGAUUGUUUGUUCCGGAAGAAGGAAAAACUCCGUUAUGGGAACUUGUAACUGAUUACUAUCUCCAUCACAAGCCAGCAUGUAAAUAUACUCGAAGAACAAAAGUAUUGACUCAAUGGUGGGAUAGAAACGUUUUGAAGUGUCUUCCUUACGCUCUUAAUGAAGUCACAAAGUCGUGUUCAGAAAUGAUCCAGUUACAGCACACGCAAGAGGAAAUGGUAGACGUAUAUUACGAUUAUCAUCGCCCUCACGAAUUAUCGGUGUUACUCGAUGUGUAUGCAUACAAAAUAAGCCACUCGGUCAGGGAUUUUAUGCCUCAUUUUACAACAAACUUCAGCCCCUUUGCUGUGCGAGUAAGGCCAGGCAGAAGACGAGAGGAAACGGGUAACAAAAAUGCAAACAUGAAAAAUCCGUCUAUGACUGGUCAAAGCAGUACCAGCAGUACAGCAUCUAGUGCCAGUUCGAGUUUAGACUCAAGUUCUGACGAUGACGAGAGCCACCAAAAUGCUAACGACUCCCAAUUGACUGCAUCGAAGGAUAGUUCUGAACUAGUUUCCUUUGAAUCCUUUUUUCCGACAAUGCGAGAAGUCUACGGAACCCAACCGGAGUCUCCAAAAAGGGCAGACAUUCUUUUGUACAAAAGGUACGUGCUAAUAGGUCGGAAUGCAACCUACCUAACAGAUCAUUCAAAAAUACGAUCUAAAUUGGUUCAGCAGGCGUCCUUUCCAGAGUGUGUGAACGCCAAAGUUUCUCUUCCUGUUGUCAAAGACGCGAGUAUCAGUAUUUAUGCACAAUACGUGAGGAGAGCCAAGAUCGGUGGUUCUGUGCCAAAUACUAAUGACAUGAUUUUGUACGAAAAUUAUGUUCAAGAGCAAAUGCUAACCAGACGAAACGGAUUAUGCGGAAGUUCAUAAUUCAAUCAUAGAUAUUAAGUUAAUUAUUUUUAAUAUAUAUACCUAUACUAAUUGAAAAUGCAUUUAAAUUAGAGAUAUUUAAUAAUGAUCUAAUAAACGAACAGCCUCAAGA